GAGUAGCCCAAAUAGUUUUCUCUACAAAUGAAGUGAAAAAAUUGACAUUUACUUAAGUGGGCCAAUCUGCAGCAUCCCUAUGGAGCAGUUUAGAAAAACCAGAUUUUUCAAAUUCACUUGAAUAUGAACACGUUAUUUUUCGUUUUUGCUUUGUUUUAUUGUGUUAGUGAUUGUAUUUUGGGUAGCAAGAAUGGCACAAAUUUGAAAAAAGCAGUUGAAGAUUAUUACCUGAACUACGACUAUGAAGUAGCCAAUAACUCAGUAAACAUAGAAUUCAAAUCAGAAUCACUGAUACUACCAAAUCCGGAAAGUUUAGAUUCUAAAUACACCAUCGAUAUACUACCAAAUGUAGAGCUUCCUGAUGACUCUCUAGCAGAUUCAGAUUUACGUGAUCAUGAUUUCAUAGACAAUAUAAUGUACGUUUACUAUGGCUCGCAGCAUAGAAAUGUUGGAACAUACGGCCCAGAAAUUAUUAUCAUAGGGUCAGUACUUAGUUGCGCACCUCAGCUGCUAACCAUUUUUUGUGUGCUGCUCAAGAAAAAUCAGAGAGGGGAGAGAAUGAUGACUUAUAUAUUUUUCCAAAUAAUGGGAACUUUCUGCAUAUCCAAUUUAAUUUUCAUGUUGGGAGUUUAUGCCACAAAGAGCACAACAAAAUGCCUCAUAAUAUCCCUCAUAUUAUAUUUUUUACAUCUGAUGACAGCAGUAUGGGUGUGCUUGUAUUGUUUCUAUGUAUAUAAACGAUUUUCCAACAAUGGACUCGUCAAAGAAAGGCAUCUCAAAGUUAAAUACUUCAACAUUGCUGCUUACGAUAUUCCAACAUUCCUAACUUUGGUAAUUGUCAGUUCCAUUCUAAUUUACGAAAUUUUAAAAAAAACUCUCUUCCAGGCCACAUAUUUUAUAGCACCGCAAAGCUAUGAAUCUAAACGAUUCUGCUUCAUCUCGGUUCAGAAAGGAAUGAUUUUGAACUACAUGCUGCCAGUAUCUGUCCUUAUAGUGUUGACAACUAUAUACUCCCUUAGUGGAAUCAGAAAAAUCAAUAUGGAAUUAUCAAAACUAGAAAUCAAUAGUUCCGCUGAAUCUCUCAAUGCUCUUCGCAACGAACUGGAAUUUCUGAAAGAGAAAAAGGAUGACUAUAUGGAUGAUGAAAUAGUUAGUCUGAGAGAAUCAAAGACUUGCUUAAAGUCUCUUUGUAUCAUACAGACUUUGUAUGAUAUAGUUUGGUUUGUGGUAGUUUUAGCUCUGGAGAAUGUCAAUGAUAGUAAUGGAAUGGCUGUCAUAUAUGCUAUCAUGUCAUGUCUGUUGAACUGGUACAUUUUCAUCAAAAGGAAAAGCCUAAUGCCCACUCUCAGUGAUCUUCCAGAAGAAAUUAAUGAAAUUGUUAUCGAGAAAGAACAAGAACUCAUCAUCACUGCCUCUGCCAAUGUUUCAAGGAGAGGUUCAUCGGACAGUAUUCCAUUACUGAAUUCAGAUUCUUGCACUGAAAUGAGAGACCUGCGUUUAGAUCAGAUAAGUACUAUAAGCAGUUAAACUAAAAAAAAAGUUUUACAAUUGGUAGAGAUAUUAAGUGUAUCAAAAAAUCGUUUUAUAUGAUUUUAACCUAGUUGUGCCAACUAGACUAAUAAUGAAAUUAUCUGGUGAGAAAGUAGGAAUUGAAUUGGUUAUUAAUUGAAUUGAAAAACACAUACUUAAUUCAAUACAAUGAAAAUGGUAUGAUGUUCCAAGUAGGCAACUGAAAGCAGAUAUUCAUGAAAGACAAAUUAUUUCAUGUAGUGAAUUGAUGUAAUUAUGAAAUGUUUUGUAAUUGAUAGAUUAGAUAACUUGAUUCAAUGAAAAUACAUGUAGACUAUGGAAUAGAACAUGUCUGACCAGCAAACUUAUGAAUUUAUGUCAGAAAGGGAUAAAUAUUACACCAGUGAGACUUUUCCAGUUAGUUUUUCAUAUUUACAAUACUGUUCAACUUGGAGACCUUCCCUUGUAAAAUAUCAAGUUAUUCUCAUGGUUGAAUUAUCAUUGGCUUAAAAAACUUUUCAAGCACAACAAAACUGUAAAAACACUAGUCUCGACGAAUGUUUUCAACAUUGUUGGCAACAACUGUAGAUAACUGGUCACUAGUAGCUGAAUUGGUAAAAGUUUUCACAGUUCUGGUUUCCUAAUGGCUGAUAGAAAUUAUUCUCCCAGUUAACUUCUCAAUACAUGUCUAAUACCAAAGGGUGCUUUAAACUUUAAGGAAAACGGAAGACAUUUAAACAAUAAAUAACCUGUCACGUAAAGUUUCAUUAGGAUAUAUGUCGAUAUGCUAUUAGUGAAAGUUAAUUUGACUGAAAUAAGAUUAUAUUUGGCCAGAAAAAGUGGACCUUUCAUUGGCGGGGGCUGCCGAUUUAAAUGUAUGUCAACUAUUACACUCAACAAUAACCAUUUAAUUUAAAAGUCAUGAUUAUUUGAUAUGCGGGCACCGAAAACUGUAAAAUUUAUGAAAUAUCAAGAAAAUAUUCAAUAAUUCUUCACCACAUAGAUACACGGAACAAACGCAUGCUUUUUCUGAACUUUAUGAAAUUAGUUGUCACUCACACCACAAUG